UGAAAACAAUCGUGCAACAACAAGAUUCUAGAACAAGCCGUCGCGACGAUCGUCGUCUUGAUCGGAAUUUAUCUUUUUUUUGUUUCCUACAACUACCAGAUUUCACCUAUAAUUCCUUGUCGUAUGGACUUCAUUUUCAUAUCAGCGUAUUGAGGGAGUUAUACAUAGGAAACCAGGGGCAUCGCGUCAUUCUUUAGCAGUUUUGUAUUUUGAUGAUGUCUGUUUCUUUGUGUGUCAUCAGAAUUUCUGUUAACGACAACUCGCCUAUUCCAAAAUCGUUGUCAUAUUCAAGAGGAGCCGACAUGAUGGCGGAGAGUCCUCCGCUGCUCUCAUCUUCCCCUCCUCCUGCCUUAAUGGCCAAACGUCACGAUGCCCUGAGCGACAAGCCGUCAGUGACAUGGGAGAAAGUAGAUGAAGAUGGACGAAGCCAUCCCAUCCUCCCCAAGACGGAGAGCACCAAGGCUGUGGUGGAGAAAUGCAUCGGGAAGAGGGAUGAGACUGAGAUUCAAAUUGAAACUUACGCUGUUGAAGAGAGAUUUGAGGAUGAAUGCAUGGAUCCGUCUAGGGAAGGACCCAAACAGAGCUAUGCCAAGGCCCUCACCGGUGGAAAAGCAAAAGACAAAAUGCAUUCAAGCAAAGACGAACAAAACGAUGUGCAGGCAAAUCAAGCUAUUGCUUUCAAGCAUUUGGAUGACAAUGCUAAGGAUCUAUGUAGUGACACUGGUAGUGAAAUCACAUCCCCUGACUUCACUGAUGAAGACUCUGUAAGCACAGACAAGGACAAAGGUGAAAGGUCAGAGGGUAAAGGGCGCAAAGGUGAUAAAAUGGACAAAAAGCAUAAUGCGUCAAGUAAGAGUCGCCAUGGAGUUGCAUCUCCAGUCGACCAGUCGAGUCGUCGUGCAUCAUCGAGUGUUAGUCCUCCAACUGUCUCGUCCGAAGCCAGUGAGGGCGACAGAUCAAGCAAAAGUCCACUGAUGUUCAGGAGAAGGAUACCAUUCUUUUCUGGAAACCCUGUGGUGGAUAUUACAAAGGGGAUUGUACAUCUCUUCAAAGAGAACCACAUGACGUCUCUAGAUGAAGGCAUCGUCCGUAGUGACAUGAUCUGUGCCCUGGCAGUCCCAGCGUCCCUCAUAUGCCAUGACCUCCUGCAGUUCUUCUCUCCGUUGGCCGAGGGCAUCGAGCACAUCCGCAUUAUCAGAGAUUCUAACCCUAACCAGUACAUGACUCUCAUUAAGUUUAGAAAUCAGAGCCAUGCGGAUGAGUUCUACAAGGAGUACAACGGCAAACCGUACAACUCGUUUGAUGAUUUUGUCUGUUAUCUAGUCUUUGUUUCAAGAGUAGAGUGCAUGAAAUCAUGUGAGGGUGCUAGUCUUGCUACUCCAGGCAUGACUGAGUUACCAACCUGUAACAUUUGUUUGGAGAGGAUGGAGGACUCUGUGGAAGGCAUCCUCACCAUCCUCUGUAAUCAUACAUUCCACGGUGGCUGCCUUACCAAGUGGGGAGACACAAGUUGCCCUGUAUGCAGAUACAACCAAACCCCAGAGCCAUCAGUAGAUAAUAAAUGCUUCCAGUGUGGAGCUCAAGAGAGCUUGUGGAUCUGUCUAAUAUGUGGGCACAUAGGGUGUGGGAGAUACGUAGAAGCACAUGCAUAUCAUCACUUUGAAGACACUCAGCAUACGUAUGCCAUGCAGCUGGGUAAACAAAGAGUCUGGGACUAUGCCGGCGAUAACUACGUCCACAGACUGGUGCAGAGUAAAGGAGAUGGGAAGCCUGUGUCAUGGGAGAGAGGGGACGGACAACCAGAAUGUGAUGAAAAGUUUGAUGCACUUACUCUAGAGUAUACUUACCUGUUGAACAGCCAACUAGAAUCUCAAAGACUCUACUAUGAAGAGAAGAUGACCAGGAUAGAAAGUGAUGCUAUAGCACAGGUAACUGAGAUAGAAGUGCGCUCCAAGAAGCUGAUGGAGGAGAGAGACAGGGUGGAGAGAGAAGCGCAGAAAGGUCUGAAGGAGAAGCAGCUGCUGGAUAAGAAGAGUUUGUUCAUGUCCGAUAAACUAGGCAAGGUCUUAAGCCAGCUCUCUGAAGAAAUGGAGAUGAACAAAUGUUUGCGAGCCAAUCAAGCCGAUUGGCAAACGAAGGUUACUGCGCUGGAGAAAAGGUUAGAUGAUGAGAGCAAAAUAAAAACAGAUGAGAUCAACGAGUUAAAAGAGCAGCUGAGGGAUCUCAUGUUCUUCUUGGAGGCCCAGGAGACCCUAAACAAGGCUCCUGAGAAUACCAGACAAGAGAUCCAGGACGGUUCGAUUACCAUCGGUGCGUCGCCCUCGCCUGACGGACGCCACAGCAGGAGAGGCAGGAAAAAAGGCAAAUAGAUUUCCAGAGUUGAUGUUAAAGACCAAUAUUCAUUAAAAAAUUAAUUAAACUAUAGUCCAGGACAUUGUUUGACAAAUACAGUUCAGCGACAUCCCAUGGAAAAUUGUGUUGAUUUUGAAUACAUGUUUCAGUGGGAUGGUAUCAGGAAAUACUGCCCAGGUUUUUAUUAGUUGUAAGCAUUAAAAUGGCAUCAAUCUUGCAUGAAUCUUGCGCGUGCGGCCAACACUGCCCUCUGUAUCAUGAGCACCUCAUGGGGCACUUUUCCAGCAUAAUCAAGCCGAACAUAUGUUGGUAAAGACGGAAGUAGAGGUUAACUAGUGAAUUAACAUAUUUGCCUCACAUCCCGUCUUAGUGCUUACUGCUCGAUUUACUCCACUGAUAUUAAGGAGCACCAAGUGUCUGUCUGACCAACUCAUUAACAUCACCAUUCCGUAUUAAUGAACACUAAAGUUAUGUCAGUAUGAAACAAAUUUCUAUUACCAUCAUCGUGACCUUAUUAAAGGUAAAGACCAGUUAUGCAUGGUCAUGC